CUUGCAGAGUAAAGUGAGAAGAGACAGAGCAAUGGCGUCCUCGCCGCCGCCGCCGCCGCCGCCGCAGCCCCUCCCCACGCAGAUCCCCCUUACCCCAAAGCCCGACCCCGACGCCCCGCAGUCCCCCAGCACCGUCCCGUCCACCGCCCUCAUCCCCAAGCUCGAACCCAUUGCUCUUACCCCCGAGCUCUGCGAUCUUUAUCGCCGGGAGCUCGAGCCCUCCCCCGACGGCCACCCGGACUUCGCCGGCCACCUCCACUUCACGCAGCAGCAGAUCGACGCCGUCCCCGCCGACCGCCGCCUCGUCGUCUCCAAUCCGCAACCCGAGCCCAGCCCACAAGGUUCCAUUCCCCCCGCGCACUCCGACACAUCCGUCUCCUCCUCUUCGUCGACCGCCAAGAAGCGCGCCCGCGGCGGCGAGAUGGUGCGCGUCAAUACCGUCACGCCUCAGGACCACAUCCACUUCCGGUCCCUGGUCCGCCGCGCGCGCCUCACCUUCGAGGCGCUCCGCGGGAUCUACCAGCGGGAGGAGUCGUACGACGGCGGCCCCCGCAACCGCUUCGACCUGCGCGCCUCCAGCAAGAUGCUCUCCCGGGGCCUCUGGCUCUACCGGGACGUGCGCAUCGUCGGGCCCAUCCCGGGCGUCCUCGUCGGCGACGCCUUCCACUACCGCGCCGAGCUCUGCGUCGUCGGCCUCCACUGCACCCCGCAGGCCGGCAUCGGCUACAUCCCCGCCAGCCUCGUCAGCGAGGGCCACCCCGUCGCCACCAGCAUCGUCUCCUCCGGCGGCUACCUCGACGACGAGGACAACGGCCAGGUCCUCGUAUACAGCGGCAGCGGCGGCCGCCAGCGCAACCGCGUCGAGCACCACGCCGACCAGACGCUCGAGCGCGGCAACCUCGCCCUCCACUACAGCUGCCACUACGGCGUCGAGGUGCGGGUCAUCCGCUGCCACGCCUGCGACUCCAGCCCCAGCCGCAAGGUGUACGUGUACGACGGCCUCUACAAGGCCGUCAGCUCCACCUACGAGCCGGGCAAGUCCGGCCGCCAUGUCUGCAAGUACACGCUGGUGCGCAUCCCCGGCCAGGAGGAGCUCGGCAGCAGCAACUGGUGCCUGGCCAAGGACAUCAAGGACAAGCUGCUGGCCAACCAGGCCCUCCCGCCCGGCUACAUCUCGCCGGACCUCUCCAACGGCAGGGAGGUGCUCCGCGUCCCCGUCUUCAACGGCGUGGACCACGAGAGCUCUCUCCUCGACUUCGACUACAUUGCCCGUCCUGAAUUUCCGUUGCCGCUGGUGAAGCAGCAGCACUGGGGCUGCCAUUGCGUGACCUCGCCGUGCGGGCCCGAGUGCGGCUGCGUGAUCAAGAACGGCGGCGGCGGCCCGGUGUACAAUGAGGACGGUACCCUCGUCAGGGGCAGGCCGGUGGUGUACGAGUGCGGGGCGCUCUGCGGCUGCCCCAUGAGCUGCGCGAACCGCGCGACCCAGCGCGGGAUGAAGCACACACUGGAGGUGUUCCGGUCCAUGGAGACCGAGUGGGGCGUCAGGACGCUCGACCUCAUACAGCCGGGCGCCUUCGUGUGCGAGUACAGCGGAGACGUCGUGGUCACCACCGGCGAGUGCGAGUUGGCCAUGGACGAGGGCUCCAUCAUCGACCCAAAGAGGUUCCCCAAGAGAUGGAGCGAGUGGGGGGAUGCCUCUCCUGCACUCGUUGGGGAUGAUGAUGACAAGGUGCCCCGCCCCCAAUUCCCCCAUUUCCAAGAGCCGGGCUAUGUGCUCGACGUGUCCCGCAGGAGGAACUUGGCCAGCUACAUCAGCCACAGCUGCACUCCCAAUGUGUUCGUCCAGUACGUCGUCCGUGGCGGCGAAAACGAAUCGUGCCCUCACCUCAUGGUGUUCGCCAUGGAUGCCAUCCCGCCCAUGCGCGAGCUCAGCAUCGACUACGGCAUGGAUGAUCAGCAAAUCUGUGCAUGAUGAGACAGUCCAGCGACGCCAGGUUCGACUCGAUGGACUGAAGGUGCGCUGUCUGUGAAACUUAGAGACCAGUUGAAGGAUUUUUUGGUAGCUAGUGUUCGUUAGCAGAUAUAUAUAUAUAUACUGCUUUUCACUUUUGCUGAAUUCCCCUGAAUUGUGAAAGCGCAACAGAGGGGAGCCCCCUAGCUAGCUGUUGACAUUAGUGCCUGUAGGCUGUAGGUUUUUACUUGCUAGCUGUUGGUACAAUCUUAAGCAGGUUUAUGUCCAAGAAUUUAGUUUAUCUUUUGCCUUGUCUGUGGCCUUAUUAUUUACAGUGCGCAAAAGCUUGAAACCAUAGUUGCAGACACACUACAAGUAAACCAACCUGUUUGCUGUUGAGUUGUUUGGAAGAUGAUAGUCAAGAAGAGCUGAAGUUACUAGUCGGUCCAUGUAGCGAAAAUACAAAGGUGAACAUGGGUGCACGCACCCAUGUGCAUAGUAAAUUCAUAAAAAUACUAGAAAAAGGUAUAAAAAUUCUGAAAU